AUGGCAUCGAUUGUGAAGCAGAAGCUGCACGGCUUAACAAGUGGUAGCGGUAACGAUGCCGAAGCGGCACAAGAGGCCGAGAAGUACAAGCUUCUGGUUACAGCUGGACCAUCGUAUAAUCAGGACCAACACCAGGUUGUACGGGUCAACACCAACGAAGCUAUAUACGUCGAGAAUGAGUUCGUGCGCGCCAAGAUAAAGGUCAACAUACGAGGAUAUCAUGGCCUACCGUCUGGCACACCUGCAAUAUCGACGUACUUCGACGACCCUGUACAUGAGAAGGACCAGUACAGCGUAGCCUUCAGCUUUGUGCCGAAGCAAAACCUACCGAGCGUCGACACAGUUUGGGGAAACGACUUUGAUCACCCGAUCAAGAACAAACUGCCUCCCGGGUUCAAUACCGCGUUCAAGAUCGUCAAGGAGUUCAUCGAUCCUGGCUUGGAGUGCGACGCAUAUGCCGACGAGCCAUGGCUCUACGGCCCGAGUCUCUCAUGCUGGUUUGCGUUCAGGGUUGGCGACCAGGUAGGACAACAAGCAGACUUCCCUGAACCUGGAGUGGUGAAAGAAGGUGGCGAUGGCGAGGGGCAAGAGAUCAGACACAAGAUUGGCCUGCCAGAGACAGGCGACAAGAGACGCAAACACUUCCUUUCUGCACCCCAUCGAGAAGCCUUCACUUUCGAGAAGGGUAGGGUGUACCAAGGCGACUUCUACAACCCCUACCUCGAUUUCCCAAACUUCUCUCUGAAGUUACCAGGCUUCUCCUUGAAGGUGGUGAAGUACAUUGAUCAGAAGAGCCAUUGUUUGAGAUAUGUCUUCAAGAACAGGAAGACUCAGGAUGUGUACUUUACUGUGCACAUACAUCUUCUCUGGGGUGAGCAGCUUCAGCAGGCUGUACAGAGGGAAGAAGAGCAGCGGCAGCUAAGCAGCCAAGGAGUGGUCACACAGCCGCUGAAUGCUCUGGUGGGUGGUAGUAAGCAGGUACCGGUGGUUGAGAACGGGCGGAUGGCGAAAGGCCACGAAGGAUCUCAGAGCAGUGUCAGGAAUGGCGACCAUUCGAGUAGUGCUCCUGCUCCAGCGCAACCCAAAAAAGCGCCGCCACCAGAGACUCAGAUACGCGAAAGCACCAACGAUCAGAGCGUAAGCUCGCACACCGCACCACAGAACAUGCAACUACAUCCUGGCAACCAAGCAGCAGCAGCCGACUUUGGCACAACUCAUUCGAGAACAGCUCCGGACAUGGCAGGCCUACAGACUGCCACAGAAAACGUGCGACUGCAUCCUGGAGAUCAGAGUGCAUCAGCUGCAGCAUCCUCUGUGCCAACAGCAUCGGCAUCGGCAUCGACACAGGCGUCAACAGAUGUCGCUGCCGAAUCCGUCAUAAGUCGUAUGCUACAGAGCACGUCUUCCAGCGAUCAGACGGGGAAGAAGUUGAACUAUUUCAAUGGCGACAAUGUGGAUUGA